AGCAAUCAGCCAGUAAAGAGCCGGGAUAAAAUCGGGACGACAGCCAACAAGGCGACAAGCAAUUAUAGAAUUGGAUUGGAUCGAGAAGUUCGAGGAGGCCUGCGACGCCGGUUUCGUUUUAUUUUAGCUUAGCUUUCGAAGGCAUCCGGUUGUGCAUUCUCAUCGCGGAUCAUCGCCACGAUUACACCACGGUUUGGUGCCGCAUGAGUGCUGGGUCGCUCGUUUCUGAUACCGAGUAUCGUCGAACGGUACUGGCUGAAGUUCAAGCCACGAACGAAGGAUAACCAAGAAAGGAUAAAAGGGGAGAAAAACACAAGUCGUCAUCAUGGAGGCGAUUAAGAAGAAGAUUGCGGCGCUAAAGCAGGAGAUGGAUGCCGCCAAUGAAAAAGUCGAGGCGAAUGAAGCGAAAGCGAGAUCGGAGAACUUUCGAGCAGACAAGCUGAACGACGACGUAAGAGAUCUACAGAAGAAGCUGGCUCAGCUCGAGCGAGAUUACACAGUUACCAAGGCGAAUUUAGAGCAGUCUACUGCCGAUUUGGAACAAUGCGAAAAAUCUUGGUCUAAGGCAGAACAAGAUCGAACCACCUUGACUAAGAGGGUGCAGGAGAUCGAGGCGACAUUAACAAAGAAGGAGGAAUUACGUCUUACUGCUCAGCUGAAACUUGGACGUGCGUCGGAACUUGCAGACGAUGCGCGAAGAAUGUGCAAAGUAUUAGAAGACAGAAGUCGGCUGGACGAGGAACGUAUGGAAAAGUUGAUGCAAGAAUUAAAAGAUGCUAGAUUAAUCGCUGAAGAUGCAGAUGCGAAAUCUGACGAAAUAUCGAAGAAGUUGCAAUUCGUUGAAGAGGAAUUGGAAGGUGCCGAGGAGAGAGUGAAAACCAGCGAGGCAAAAAUCAUAGAGCGAGAGGACGAGCUUUUCAUUGUGCAAAACAUUGUAAAAUCUUUAGAAGUAUCCGAGGAAAAGGCUAAUCAACGGGUAGAAGAAUUCAAAAUACAAUUAAAACAGCUGAAAAAGAAAUUAAGAGAGGCUGAGAAACGCGCUAUUCAUGCAGAAAGAACAGUGAAAAAGUUGUUGAAGGAAGUUGAUACGAAGGAAGAUGAACUCAGAGAAGAAAAGGAGAAGUACAAAGCAGUUUGCGACGAUAUGGACGCCACGUUCGCAGAAAUGACAGGAUACUAAUGUCACAGAAACGGACGGAGUUCCUUUUAUUUUGUUAUUUUGAGCUUCUUCCGCUUAUUCGCUACAUUUAAUAAUGGACAUCAGUUUAGCUGCAUUUAGCUACGCUGAUUUAAUUCGUUAUAGUGUACAGUGAAAAAAGUUUUAAUGGGGCGUCAAAUAUAACUUGUUAUGCGAAAUUGUGCAAUUAACAUGGCAACUAGAUAGUGUAUACUGCUAGUUUUCGUUAAUGUAAUCGCUUUGCUUCAAGCUUAACACUUUGCCAAUGCUUCAGGGCCGGAGAUGAUUGGGCUGAAUGAUGAUAUAGAUGGUUCGGAAGCAAAUAGUCUCUUUCCGAUAGAAUUAACGGCAUCGCAUAUUUUUCUUUCAGAGACAUUGAAGAGGAGUUGCUGAACAUGAAAGCAAGCACGAUACUGCAUCCCCUAUUUAUCAUUGUAUGCCAAAUCUGUAUUUUCAA